AUGGGGACGGAUAACAUCACUUUCAAUGCAACUCAGUCACCUGAACAAGAUGAAGCUUUCACACACAUACAAACAGCCUCCAUUGUCAUCUACUGUGUGAUAUUUAUAGCUGGAACUCUGGGCAAUGGCCUUGUUAUCUAUGUGGCGGGAUUCAAAAUGCAGAAAACAGUCGACUCGGUUUGGUUUCUCAACCUGGCCAUAGCUGACUUCCUCUUCACGGCCUUCCUUAUUUUCUCGAUCAUUUCUCUCUCUCAGAGUCACCGAUGGCCUUUUGGAGAAUUCAUGUGCAAGCUCAACACCUUUGUGAGUGUAGUCAACAUGUUUGUCAGCAUCUUUACUCUGACAGCCAUGAGUUUGGAUCGUUGUCUGUGUAUCUGUGUGGUGGUGUGGGCACACAACAAACGCACAGUCAGCAAAGCUCAGCUCAUAUCAGCUGGGAUCUGGGUGAUCGCUGGCGUCUUCAGCACUCCUUAUGCCACUUUUCGCACUGCAUCAGUGGGGAACGGAGGGGAAAGUUCCUGUGGUUAUUCUGCAACAAUCAAAGAACACAAAUUGACUCUCUGCAUUUUUCGCUUUGUUAUGGGCUUUGUGAUCCCAUUCCUGAUAAUAAUGAUCUCUUAUGUGUCCAUUGGUAUCCGUGCAAUGCGCAUGCCGAGAACAAGGAGACGCAGAUCUCGCCGGGUCAUUUUCUCCAUCAUUUUUGCAUUCUUCAUCUGUUGGUUGCCUUUCCACAUUUUCAAUUUCAUAGAAUUGAAGUUAGAGCUCCAGGGGAUUGUUAGAAUGUAUGGUCCUCUGACUGUGAGUCUGGCUUUUCUGAACAGCUGCUUGAACCCCAUCCUUUAUGUUUUCAUGUGUGAAGAAUUCCAGAAGAAAUUUCGACAGUCCAUUUGUUUUGUACUCGAGAGUGCACUGGCAGAAGACCAUUUGUUAUUUCUGUCCACCCGCUCCAUGUCAUCAACCUUUUCAAAAGCUUCCCAAAAAUCAGACACUGCUGCCACUUUAGAUCGGAUCGACCCAGCCAUUUAUGAAAACAUCCCAGAAAGCACAGUAAUCAUCACUGAGGGGAUUCCUAGAACUGAAUAA